ACCUCCUCACUUCUCUCGCCGGCGAGCAGCAUGGAAGAUGAGGUGUUUGACCAGAUCCUGUCCGUGUUUAACACACUGGUUGCGUGGGUCGCUGCCGGUGCCAUGGUGUUCGGUGGGGUGGUCCCCUACAUCCCGCAGUACAGGGACAUCCGCAGGACCCAGAAUGCAGAGGGCUUCUCCACCUACGUGUGCAUGGUCCUGCUGGUGGCAAACAUCCUGAGGAUACUCUUCAGAUUCGGACACUACUUUGAGACGCUGCUGCUGUGGCAGAGCAUCAUCAUGAUCUGCACAAUGCUCACCAUGCUGAAUCUGUGCACCAACGUCCGCAUGGCCACUGAACUCAACACCAAGAGGCGCUCCUUCCUAGACUUUGACUGGAGCUACUUCUGGUCGUGGAGUCGUUUUGUGGACUACGUGCAGUGUGUGCUGGCCUUCACUCUCAUGGCAGCGUAUAUCACCUACCUCCUCCUGGACUCUGCUUUUGUGGAGACGCUGGGAUUCCUGGCCGUCUUCAUCGAAGCAAUGCUGGGUACACCGCAACUCUACUGCAACUAUCAGAACAAAUCCACAGAAGGCAUGAGCAUCAAGAUGGUUCUGAUGUGGACCAGCGGUGACACCUUUAAAACCGGCUACUUCUUUCUCACCCAGGCUCCAGUGCAGUUCUGGACUUGCGGCCUGCUGCAGGUCUUCGUGGACAUUGCGAUCCUCUUCCAGGUUUACUACUACAGCCGCUACCCGCAGAAACCCGUGUCCCACACAGUCUCCCACACCACCAGUGCCAAAGCCCUCUGAGAACAUUGGCACAAACUCUGAGGACACUACAAAGCAGCAGCGAGGAAAAUCUUAUCGAGGCGCUGUGGAAAUGUGUAAACACACACACAUAUACCGAAGCAUCUUGAGAUGAUGCAGUGCUGCUGCUUCCCCUCACUUUCUAGUGUACAUGAAGACUCAAACACACCCAUAAAUAAGGCGAAGAUACACAAACCUGAGGUGAUGGUAAUGUCUCCACUGAUACCUGAAGGACAUUUGUUACACACAAAGUCAGCCUGUUUUAUUUAUUGUCCUCCUGACUUUUCCAGGCGGCACAAUGCAUGCUAAUAGGAAUGCAGACAUCUCUAAGAAUAUACCCUUGAAUCAGCCCGUGCAUGUGGAGAAUAUUAUGCACAUACAGCACAUGAACAUGCAGCAUAUGUAAACUGCAGGUGUAUGCACUGAAAUUGGUGCUCGAGGAAUGUGGACCAGCUUUUGUCGUCCACAUACACACUGAUGAAUGUUGCAUGGACCUUCUGCCUUAAAGCGCCCACAUUUUGAACAUGGAUUGCUGCAUUGCCAGCAAUGUGUUACAAAUCAGUCAAGAAAAAUCUCAAUGUACAGCAUUGCUGAAUGUACAAAAUGGUAUUUGUUAUUGUUUCCCAACACAGUGGAGAAAUGCCGGUCAGUCUACUGCUGGUUGGACACCAUAUGCUGUCACACUCAAUCACGUGGGAUAAAACCAAUCUAAUGUCACCAAAUGAAGACGAUUCCCCGGGUUUGGUCAUAGAUGUGAGUUGCCUUGAGACUAGCAAAAAUAUGAGCGAAUAAGCAAAUGCCAAGAUUUUUAUACUGAAGCCCUUGAUGACAUUUUAUAUAUAUUUUCAUCAUUUCCAAAAAUUCCCAAAUAUAUGUUCAAGGACAAGUCACCAUUAAUUUCAUUACACUCUGCUUAUCCCGAGAGCCUACAUAUGCACUCCAUAAAUGCAUAGGAGUAAUUUAUGCUGGGUUCUGACCGAGCGGUCACGCUAACACAUCAUUGACACACUGUUGUGAUGCAGGUUGCCAGUGAGAUGCAGAUUUUGUCUGUACAGCCAAUUUUCUAAAUUAUGUCUGGGACUAGCAGUUGAAUAGUAACUCCAAGCGAUAAUUUAGCUCUGCAUUCAGAGCUCAUGACAGCAUUUAUAUUAGAGUAUCAUCAUGGACUUAAUUUAGUGAGGUUUGCAGCGUCUGUUUUAUUUGGAGCUUCAUCCUACAUUCAUGUGGUAAUAGCAGGAUAGGAAGAACAGCUGUUUUUUUUUCCCCCAUCCUGGAAGGGUUCAUGUUUUAUUCUAAAGCCACAUGACAGCCUUGUAGUCACAGUAGACUAAAUUUUCUAUUUCUGUUGUGUUGUGUUGCAUAUUUCAGCCAACUUCACCAAGUGAAAACCAGAAACAGUGCCCUCUGAAGCGUUUUCAAAUUAUAUGUAAUCAAGUUAUUACAUUUGCAUUUUUAACAUUGCAGCAUGAUGCCAAGAUUUCACUGACAGUGUAGCAAGUGGAAAAAUAUUAUCUUCAAUUUCGCAUACAGUAUAUGGACAAAAGUACUGGGUCACCUACACAUUGCCAUGAAGCUCCCAGCGCACAGUUUUUGUGCUGAUGUUAAUGCCACAGGAGGUCUGGAACUCUGCGGUUACUGAGUCAGCUGAGCGCUGGUGACUACCAGCACUCUGCGACCUCGCUCUGUAACUUUACACAGUUUGACAAUUCAUGGCUGAGUUGCUGUAGUUCCCAAACUCUUGCACUUUGUAAUAAUAGCAGUUACAGUUGAUCGUGGGAUAUCGAGGAGGGAAGAAGUUUCACAAACUGAAAUUUGCAAAGGUCGCAUCCUGUUACAGCACCACAUUCAAAUCCACUGAGCUCUUCAGAAUGACCCAUUCUUUCACAAAGGUUUGUAAAGGCAGACUUCAGGGCUAGGUGCAUGAUUUUAUACAACUGUGGCAAUGGGACUGAAAACACCUGAAUUCAACGAUUAAGAGAUGUGGUGCAAAAAAUCUUUAUCCAUAUAGUGUAUCUUGCUAUAGAGGUGUGGUAUUGAAGUCCCUUGGACUGCGUUGAAAUGUUGUGAAUUCACGCUGCUCUCUGUUGGGAAAUAAACUUUGGCUGCUGCUUGUUUCAUACCUGAAAUCAAAAUAACAGAUGCCCUAAAGUGGCUCGUGAUGCUAUGACAUUCCUAAUACUUACAGAAAGGUAUUUUUAGUACAAUCAUAACCCAUAAAAUAGCUAAAAAAUAGAGCUGUAUUUAUUGUUUUAACCCUUUCUAAUAAAAAAUUUUGAAAAUUGUCAGAAGAAAAUAAUGUUUACCCCACAAAAUUCUCAUUUCUGUGCUACAGAAAAUGAAUUCUAGAUUCUAGAUUAUCUCACAAGCGCCCCUAUGAAUCCAGAGGUCCAGUCGAUGGGAGUUCUCUGUGUUAUCAGAAUUAACAAGUAAAAUGUAAGUGCAUAAAUAUAAUUGCACUCCUUACAGCAAUAAUAUUAUAUACAUUUUAUGAAAAUGCUGUUAUGCUGGACCAAGUACAGUCAGUGGUAUUGUUCACAGAGUUGAUGUCUAAAGCCCAAGUUGUAAUAAACUGGAAUUAUGCCUCAAAGAGUUGAACUUCAUACACUUACAGUUCAGAAUGUGCUCAUACAUCUUCCUCAUAUUGGCAAUGGAUAGCACUGACUGACCAGUUUAUUAUUUAUGGUGAAUCCAGUAACAUCCUUUAAUAUCCCCGGCUUAUACUCCUCAUCACUGUGAGGUGCUUUGGGGCUGGGCAGGUUGCACUCAUCGUCGUUUUGUCAUAAGAAAUUAAUUUCCUGUUUGAACACAGGGGCUGCAACGUUAAAAGGGUGAAGAUUUUUCCAUGUUGCUGCUGUUGUUUUGUAAUUUUUCUUUGGGGGGGAGGGGCAUCAAACCCCAAGGUGCACAACUAUCAGCCCUUCAGUGAAGCGGGUACCAGACCAGACCCGUCCUCCUCUUCAAGACGUCAGCAAAAGGAAAUGUCCUUUUUGUUCCUCCGAGACUGUUUUCUCUGCUUUUUUCUUUUUGUUGCUUUCAUUUUCUUUUAACAUGUUAGGUGACUCCAUUGGGGGUGGGGGUGGGGGGUGUACUUUUUAUAUUUGCAUCCAUUUAGCCACAUUAUUUAUUUUGUCCUUUUUAUAUUAUCUCUUCAAAAGCCAGUGUAACAUGGUGUAUGCCUCUUCUGUAUCCAGACAGUGGUGAGCGGGACUGUGUUGUGUGGAUGAUGUGAGAUACCUGACGGGUUUUUGUUGUGCUAAACAGGCUCAAAAUGACCUCAGAGUCCCACAUUCUUCACUGAUUCACUCCGUGUGUUCAUUUAUCUUUGUUUACUUUGUGUUUUGUAUCACUUUGUUCAUUUAUCAUUUGAAGGUAUUUUUCCAGUAAAAAAAAACGUACUUGGUUGUUACUGUACCAAAAUAUCAUUACAUCAGUAUGUUUAUUUGUGGUUUUUCUACUCUGCUACAUUUAUUGUUUUUUUUCUCUUUGUUGGGUUUUUCUUUUCUAUUAUUAUAUUAAACUGGCUGUACACCUCUAAUACUUGAGGCUGAUUAAGCACCCAGUAUUGUCAAGAAUUCAUUGUGGCAUU